AUGACAGAAAAGCGCCAAGAAAUUUUCAGUGAAGCAUAUCAAGUAGAAAAAAAACGACGUGAGGAACACGAAAAACAACAGAACCAAGAGAUAAUUCGGAAUAAUAUUGCUGAAAUAGUUGAUAAAUGUAUUAAUGCGGUGAAUAUUGGUCGUUCUUUUGAAAUCGAAGAGGUGAUAAUUGAAGUCCGCGAAUGUUUGGAACAACUGGAUUUAUCUUCUAUUGAUUCUAGUGACCCAAUAGCCCGAUAA